UUUACAUCUGACAUGCUUUUCUUCCCCUUACAGCUUGUUAUAAUAACAUGUCGCAAUGCCAUUGACCUCUACCAUCCUUCGAUUUUACAUUAAAUUAUGCAGUUACCACCUUAGCCCCUAGCUGAGAUAGGAAGCUGUUUGUAUUUCCAUCGAAAAAGACGCAUUUACCCAAACCAGUUGCCGAGUAUUUUCCUACCCACAUAUACCUAUACGAUAGCUUGCUUCAACCAACAGCAUCACUGCUCAUCUAUACUACUGCUUUACAAUGUUACCUACUUCAGAAGUCCUGGGAAUUCCUUCGGCUUGAAUAUUCCUACUUAUCUAGGCAUCAUGAUUUUAUAGAAUCUUCAUCUAAAAGUAAAUUGUACAUUUAACCCGGCUCGACUUAAAAUGGCAUCCACAACCUUAGUAGAUGCUAUUGGUCGACUCGGCCGGGCAGUUGUGGUAGGAACCACUAACACUUACACUAACAUGGGCGGGAAUCUUGUACUGAGGGGCAGCGGUGGUUCUAUGAGCUCAGGCACUAUUUUUGCCUCUGUCACCUCUGUCACCUCACACUUACCCUCAACCUCAACCUCAACCACCAAAACUACAACUUCUACUACCUCAACCAACUUUGCUUGCAGGAUAUCGGCUGCAUCUAUCUCAAAGCAAUCAACCAAACAAUAUACCACUCGUACGAAUUCACAAAUAUCCGCCACAAGAAUUAAUUGCUUCUUCAAACCAUUGGACAAGAGUCUUGUGACUCGCAUACCUUGUCGAUCGUUUACUUGGACACCUGCCCAAUCCGUCCUUGUCCCAGCUAUUCAUUCGCAGCAUCAAUCUAGAUCCGGACCCCACCUCGACACAUACCACCACAGUACUCCCUUCACUUGUUUGCGACGUGGGGCAACUCUCCUACGUAUAAAUAGCCUACGUACAAAUAAACCGGCACGUGUGUCUAGUUGCCGCUUCUUCUCUUCGUCGUCCAAAGUCUCUUGUUCCGCUAUCAUACCUUCAUCCAUCAUGGCGGACCGAGAUGUUCUUCCUUCUACUGUCACUCCGUCUCACUAUGAUCUCUCUAUCUCCUCCUUAAACUUCAAAGAUUGGUCUUACCAAGGAAGUGUAGCCAUCGACGUUUCAAUUGCGGAGCCCGUCAAGGAGAUUGUUAUCAACUCUAUCGAACUAAAGCUACUCACUGCUAAGGUCACUGUCAACUACACCAAGGCUUCUCAGAUCAUAGAAACUACCACAUUUAAUUAUGACGAGAAGAAGCAACGCGCAACCCUUGUCUUCGCCGACGAGGUUCCGGCUUCGCAGAAGGCAACUCUUCAGAUCACCUUCCAAGGAAUAAUGAACAAUCACAUGGAGGGAUUCUACCGAAGCAAGUACAAGCCCGUUGUUCCCGCUGCCGCCUCAGUGCCAAGAGAUGACACAUUCCACUAUAUGCUGAGCACUCAAUUUGAGGCUUGCGAUGCCCGCCGAGCUUUCCCUUGCUUUGACGAACCCCGAUUGAAGGCAACUUUCGAUUUUAAAAUUGAAAUCCCAGAGGACCAGGUUGCUCUGUCCAAUAUGCCGGUUAAAGACACCACGAAAAGCCGAGAUGGUUUUGUGAAUGUAUCCUUUGAGCAAACUCCGGUUAUGAGUACCUACCUCUUGGCUUGGGCUGUUGGCGAUUUCGAGUACGUCGAAGCUUACACCGAACGGCGAUAUAACGGAAAGCAAAUCCCUGUUCGUGUGUACACUACCCGCGGGUUGAAGGAACAAGGCCGAUUUGCUUUGGAACACGCCCCGAAAACCAUCGACCUAUUCUCGGAGAGCUUCGGUAUUGAUUAUCCACUUCCGAAGUCGGAUUUGCUUGCCGUUCACGAAUUUACUCACGGAGCUAUGGAGAACUGGGGUUUAGUGACCUACCGUACCACCGCUGUGUUGUUCGAUGAAAAGACUUCAGAUGCUAGAUACAAGAACCGCGUCGCAUAUGUUGUUGCCCACGAAUUGGCCCAUCAAUGGUUUGGUAACCUUGUCACUAUGGAUUGGUGGGACGAGCUAUGGCUAAAUGAGUCGUUCGCUACUUGGGCUGGUUGGUAUGCUGUCAAUGAAUUCCACCCUGACUGGCAAGUGUGGGCCCAAUUUGUGAAUGAGGGAAUGGAAAUGGCGUUCAAACUCGACGGAAUGCGUGCAUCACACCCUGUUCAUGUCCCGGUGAAGGAUGCGCUUGAUGUGAACCAGAUCUUCGACCACAUUAGCUACCUCAAAGGUUGUUCAACCUUACGAAUGCUUGUCAGUCAACUAGGCGAAAAAACUUUCCUCCAGGGAGUUGGCACAUAUCUUAGGAAGCACGCUUACGGCAAUGCUAAGACCGAAUAUCUUUGGGAGGCUUUGAGUGAAGCUUCUGGUACUGACGUCAAUGGUCUAAUGAGCAACUGGAUAGAGAAGAUUGGACAUCCACUGGUGACCGUUGCUGAGGAGCCUGGUCAGAUUUCAAUUAAGCAGAAUCGAUAUCUAUCAACUGGUGACGUGAAACCUGAAGAAGACCAAACAGUAUGGUGGGUCCCGAUAUCGCUGCAGGGCAAAGUAGGACAACAAGACAUCCAGAGAUUAGCUCUCACCGAAAAGAGCACAACGAUCCGCGAUAUCGAUGAUGAGUUCUAUAAGAUCAACAGCAAUGCUACCGGUUUCUACCGAACGAACUAUCCUCCAGCCCGUCUUGCAAAGCUUAGUACGCAGCUUGACCGUCUGAGCAACGAAGACAAGAUCUCUAUUAUCGGUUCUGCUGCCGAUCUAGCCUUCUCUGGUUAUGGUACCACCCCUGCUCUUCUGUCCUUCCUCGAAGGCUUCAGGGAAGAGACCAACCACCUUGUCUGGGCUCAGGUUCUGGAUUCUAUUGGUCUUGUUAAGACCAUUUUCGGUGAUGACGAUGCUAUUAAGCGCGGUCUGGAGAAGUUCUCCUUGAAGCUUCUUAGCGACGCCGUGAAAAAGAUCGGUUGGGACUUCCCUGAAGGCGAGGAUUACCUCACAGGCCUACUGCGCAAGAGACUCUUGCUCAGUGCCGCAGCAAAUGGCCACCCUGAGGUAAUCGAGAAGGCAAAGUCAUUAUUUAACUCUUGGGCUGAUAAGGGAACUCCUUUACACCCGAAUCUGAGAACCGUAGCUUACCGCACUGCUAUUAAGACCGACCCGGCGAGGACAGUGCCAAUUUUGAAGAAAGAAUGGUACACCGGAGCAUCCAUUGACGGCAGGGAGGUCUGCCUUGCUUCACUAGGCCACGUCCGUGACCUCGAGCUUAUCACCAAGAGCAUUUUGCCCUUCAAUUGCGACUUGUCCCCGCCAGCUCCUCCUUCCGAAUCGGUACCCUCAGGUGAUAUGCAUACCCUUGGUAGCGCAUUGUCCACCAACUCGGUCGCGCGCCCAAUCCAAUGGAAGUACAUCCAAGAGAAUUGGGAGAAACUUACAACCAAGAUGGCGAACCCGGUUGUUUUGGACCGCUUCGUCAAAUUGACAUUACAACGAUUCACGGAUACGAAGUAUAUUGCCGAGAUCGAUGCUUUCUUCAAGGAUAAGGAUACUAGCGCCUUCGACCGUACCCUAGAGCAGGUCAAGGAUGCCAUUCGUGGUCGUGCUGCUUAUCGCGAGAGAGACGCGGAGAACAUCAAAGAAUGGCUAGGUGCCAAUGGUUAUCUCCAGUAAGGGAGAGGCAGGGCAUUGUAAUUAUGAUUGCAUAAGCUAGAUUGCAGGCCAAGAUAACCAUACCUACCCCCUAGGUAGUGUAUAAGGUGUAUAAGAACCUUAAGCUAAAAGCCACAAUGAAUAAACUACAAUAAGCAA